UAUUUAAUGUGUGUGAAGCAGCUGAUGGCUGAGUUUCACGCUGAGACGGCAGAGCAGCUGGGCGACACUGAGGGACCGUUAUAGCGUCUGUUAUCGAGAAACUGAGGAUUAUUUAAGACUGACAGGCUCUGCUGGACAAAGCCCGCUAUACGUUUACUCGUUACUCGCUUGAACAUUUGGACCUUUUUCACGUUUUCACCUUAACUGUUGGAGAAAAACGGCCGCCGUCAUGCCGCCGGUGUUGAACAGCACAAACUACGAUUAUGACUACGACGUGGUCCAGCCCUACUUCUUCCUGAAUGGUGAAGAGGAAGACUUCUACCCUCCUCCACGCAGCCAGCUCCUGCCGGCUCCCAGCGAAGACAUCUGGAAGAAGUUCGAGCUGCUGCCUACACCUCCCUUGUCCCCCAGCCGGAGACCCUCCCUGUCUGCCGCCGACCACUUGGAGGCGGUGUCUGACCUCUUGGACGAUGACCACAGCUCCUCUGCAGCAUUUCUGCAAUCCUUCAUCAUCCAGGAUUGCAUGUGGAGCAGCAGCUUCGCCGCCGCCACAGAGCUGGAGAAGGUGGUGUCAGAGAGGCUGGCCUCGCUGCGGGCCCGCCGGGACUCCUGCAACACUAAGACCAUCACAGACAGAACAGCUGACGAGCAGGUGGGCGGGUCUCAGGUGAGCGCUGGGUACCUGCAGGACUUCCACACCUCGGUGACAGACUGCAUUGAUCCCUCUGUGGUGUUCCUGGGUGAGAAGCAGAUGGAUGAUGGUGUGGCGAUGGAGGUGGGGUCUGAGCUGAGACUGGACUCGCCACCACCCAGCAGCAGUGACAGCGAAUCAGAAGAGGAAGAUGAUGAUGAGGAAGAGGAAGAGAUCGAUGUGGUGACAGUGGACAGGAGAAAGUCAUCUCAGCGGUCCCACACCUCCCCUCUGGUCCUGAAACGCUCUCACGUCAACAUCCACCAACACAACUACGCUGCCCAGCAACCCCCUGAGAAACGGGUGAAGGCGGAGAGCAGCAGCGCGGCACCGAGGCAGAGCGGCGGGCGCCGGUGCUGGAGCCCGAAAUCGGAGGGCGAGGACAACGACAAGCGCAGGACUCACAAUGUGCUGGAGAGGCAGCGGAGAAACGAGCUGAAGAUGAGCUUCAUGGUUCUGAGGGACGAGGUCCCAGCGGUGGCCAACAAUGAAAAAGCAGCAAAGGUGGUGAUCCUGAAGAAGGCGGCGGAGUUCAUCAUGGAGGUCAGAGAGCAGGAGAGGAAGCUGUUGGCAAAGAAAGAUGAACUGAGGAAGAGGAGCAGAGAGCUGAAGCAGAGGCUGCAGCAGCUCAGGACUUCACAUUAACAUCUGCUCAGUCGUUCUAGUUUCUUCACUUCAGGUUUUAAAGCUAAAAAUAAUGACCGACGUCACCUGAAUGCAGCACGCUGCCCGUGGGGCUCGCUGCUCGUCUGUAAUCAGGUUUUCUGUUUUUUAUUUAUUUUUGUUUUUAUUGACUAUUUUAAUUUAAAGUAGUUUUUCAAACAUUCCAGUUUAUGAGGCGAAAAUGUGAAUAAAUGUGUCAUAACUUUAAUUUACAGCUGAUGAUGAACAAUAAUUUAAUUCACUAUAUUUAAUCUGUUCACUCCCUAAAGCUUUUGUAUUUUUAAUUUCAGAGUUUAUUUUUAUAUAUAUUGUUUUUGUUCAAAAGCUUUUUUUUUUUGCACUAAAAGUACACCAGAAGUGUUUUCAUCCCUUCAGAAUAAAAGCCCUUCACAUGUUGGAGCUUCUCUU